AUGGACUGGACAGGAUCCUAUGUAGGUGCUUUAGUGGUAGAUGUAGGUCAUUCAAACAUUCGUGGCGGUCACGCAGGAGAACAGUAUCCCUGCCAGGUAUGGUCUUCUUCCAUCGGCGUAUGUGACAAUUACGAAGUCUUUCCACUGGUAUCAAACUCACGCUGCAAUGUGUCCACCGUUGACCACCUGAAGAAUGUAGACCCCUCCUCAGGGGAAACCUUUAUAAACACGGAUCCCUAUCUACGGGCUCUGAGAGGGACUUUUGGCGGCAGGACGUUUGAAAAGAUAAUGAGCAGCCAUGUAAGCUGUGCAGCUGAAAAGGUUGACCUUGGUGAUAUUCCACUCCUGAUGGGAGUAUUCGGGAAUGAACACGACUGCUGGGAUGAGUUUAACACAUACACGAUCUCCAGAGUGCCCCUGGAUAGGAUAUCUAACCCGUACUCUUUAACAGAGUCUGCAAUAUUAAACGAGGUACCCUCGCUUACCAGCGUCUCGUCUGGACUCGGAGAAAUUAAUGGUCUUCGGCCAUUGUUCAUUAUAGAUGGAAAGUAUAAUAGACAAAAUCGCAUUCUACAAACUGAAAUGAUUUUUGAGGAGCUGGGAGUACCGGGACUUUAUUUUGGGGAUAGUAGCAGGUGUUCCGCAUACGCCAGCGGAUUCCUUACCGGCCUGGUAAUCGAUAUUGGUAGCGCAACAUGUUCUGUUGCGGCAAUUAUAGACGAUCAAGUUCUUGGCUUUAAAGAAUGCAACGUUGGCGGUGAUAUAAUCGAUGCUAUAUUUUUAAAUUUGUUGUUAAAGGCGACUCCAGACAACAAGACGUACGUUCUGAAUCACCCAGAGUACAACCUGGGUGAUUUGAAGCUUGAAGAAAUAGAUGCAGAAGCUUGCAAAUCAAUCGCACAGAGGAUAUAUAAUACAGGAAUGGAGUAUAGUAUGUACAGUCUACAUCAAAAGCUCAAGGCUCUGAAGGAAAGCAUAAUACGUGUUUCACAGACACCCUUACUUUUGCAGGGCUAUACCGAGCCAAAUCACCUGCCAGACGGCCAACCGUUGGAAUACAGCAUGAUGGACACUAGAGGAAGGUCCAGAAAUACCUCAGUGUACGUUCCACCAAAGGAUGCGACACAUGUAAAAUACGAUUCUCUCACUCCGUUCCAGCUCUUGGCUCUAUCGGCAGAAGUUAUUUUCAAUCCUACAAUAGAGUAUGCGCCUCCUGGAGUUAGCCUCGGGAAGUUCAAGGGUAUCAUAGCGCACUGUGAAGAUGUUGUAAGGGAGAGUGGAAUUUACAGGAGGGACAUCUUCAAUCAAAUUGCUCUCGUUGGUGGAGCAGCUUUGUCCAACGGCCUACAGGAGCGUCUUGCUCAAGAGUUUCAAAGAGUGUCAAAAACUCCGCAGGAUACCCCGCUUUCAGGGUGCAAAUUCAAGUUUACAGCAUACGAGACAGACGCUUGCAAGGAGCAUGCCAGCUGGAUUGGGGGUUCGAUAAUCGCCAGCCUCGGAUCAUUCCACGAUUGUUGGAUUUCAAGGGCAGAGUAUAACGAGCACGGCCCGAAUAUUGCGAAUAGGAAGGUCUUUUAG